UACCAGUACUGAUAUGGACAAAAUAUUUUAAUCAAACAUCAAAAAUCUACCGUAUUGGCAGCAGCGAGUUGAAACAAGAAUAUUUCACUAAUUCCAGUUCGGAUGAAAUAUUUCUAAAUAGUGGAAUUCCAACAGCUUGUCCUGAACGUUGUACAUUGAAACUAUCCACAAAUAUACGAUCCACUGAUGGAGUUGUACUACAUCAAGACAAUAAGGGACAUCCACCACCAUCAGGCUAUGUCGAUAUCAGUGGACCUAAAGAAUUGUUUUGUGCUCAAUCAUUCGGAAAUUGUGGAGCUAAUGCACCAAUUUAUCGAUAUAAGAAUAGAAAUCAAUUAAUUAAUAAUAGUUAUGCAUAUUCCUUUCGUGCAAAUGAAUUAAUCAAUGGUUAUGUUCGAGAACUUCAUCCUAUCUGUUAUGGAUGGAAAGAUAGUAGUAGCAAAAGUGGUAGUAGCAGAAGUAAUAAUAAUGAAAUCACUGGCACCAAAGAUCCCACAGAUUGCACACCAAUUCAAAAUGUAAGAAAUGGACAGGUAAUUUAUAAGCUAUCAGAAGCAUCGGAAAAUUCGGAAACAAUAAUGAUGGGAAGUUUUGCAAUAUUAAACUGUAAUGAAGGCUACAAGCCAUCAACGCAAAAUCAAAUAGCCUGUAUUACUGGUACCUGGUAUCCAACGGACGAGAUUGGUGAAUGUAUACCAAUUUCUAACGAAAUACCAAAAAGUUGCGCUCCAUUACCGCCACACGAAAAUGGCUAUAUUCGAUACAAUCAACAUGGUAACAUCAAUUUUCCCAGUGGUACUUUGGCUUAUCUGAUAUGCACUGAUCACUAUCAUCCAAUUUUUAACAGGCAAGCUCAAUGUUAUAAUGGUCAAUGGUCUACCUUAAAACUUGGAAUUUGUCAACCAACUGGUAACACCAGUUGUGCACCACUUCCAGCAGUGCAAAAUGGAAAGGUGAAAUAUCUGACGGAUAGUGAAAGUAAUAUAACGAUUGGAACAGUUGCUGAGCUGGAAUGUUUUAAUGGAUAUGUUGUGAAUGGUUUCGAUGUACUGAUAUGUGAACCACAUGGAUGGGCACCUGCUCCAAUUCUUGGAACUUGUCGAAAGCAGGAGAAUGAGAAAUUCAAUGAUGAAUAG